AUGGAAGGUUCCAUUGCUCUACUAAAGACGUCCCCGGUUAGGGUGGGUGACCAAGUUGAUGAAGAUAGAGUCUACUUUCAUCGGAUGUUUUGGACAUUCCCUCCGUGUAUUGAGGCAUUCCGCCACUGUAAGCCGCUCGUAAGCAUCGAUGGAACACACCUCUAUGGCAAGUAUGGCGGGACAUUGUUGUUGGCGAUCGCUCAGGAUGGUAACUCGAAUAUUUUGCCUGUUGCGUUUGCACUCGUGGAAGGGGAGAAUGCAGAGUCUUGGUCGUACUUUCUUUCGAACCUUAGAAGGCAUGUCACUCCACAGGAAGGUAUUCUCAUGAUAUCCGAUAGACACAACGACAUCAAGGCUGCACUAGAGUCUCCCGAUAGUGGUUGGCAACCUCCACAUGCUUAUCGGGCAUUUUGUACUCGGCAUGUUGAUGCAAAUUUUGCCCUCACUUUCAAGGGACGGGAUGCGAGGAGGUGUCUGGUGAAUGCCGUGUAUGCGAAGACAGAAGCAAAAUUCGACUAUUGGUUUGAUAUAAUGAGGACGGAGAACCCGGCCAUGUGCGACUGGGCAAACAGAAUGGAGUAUGAGAGGUGGACACAGCACAAGGAUGGGGGGAGAAGAUAUGGUCACAUGACCACCAACAUUUCUGAGUGUGUGAACUCUGUCUUGAAGGGCACAAGAAACCUACCGGUGACGUCUCUGGUUAAGUCGACAUAUCUCCGAUUGGCGGAGUUGUUUGUUGUCAGGGGUCAGACGGCAGAGGCACAGUUAGGGUCCGGGCACCGGUUUUCACAGGCAGUAGUUAAGGCCAUUGAGCGUAACCUGAAGGAUUCGAGGUGCUUCACCGUGACUGUGUUUGAUAGACAUCACCUUGACUAUAUAGUGGCUAAGACGACGCCCACCGGCAAAUUCUCUUUGGGUAGCUAUCGGGUUUCUCUUAGGGAUCGCACCUGCGAUUGUGGAUACUUCCAGGCGCUGGACUAUCCCUGUAUUAGUCUUCGUGAUUUAGUUCGUUUGUAUUAG